GCAUUCUCAGGACUGCGCGCAUAGCUAUGUGUAAGAUAGCAGGUGCAUAUGUAUAAUGUCUUUCUUUAUAUUUAUUUUUAUAUCAUAUAUUUAGACUUGGCUGCAUCGUGAACAAGCUUCUUCCUUCAUACGAGGAAGUAUGGACACCCUGCUCAGCCCCGCCAACCACAUCAUACAACUCUGUCAGCGUCAACUCUGUCAUCAUCCAGAUCUCAGACCCCUAGGAGACCCCGAUGAGCCAGGUUUAGUCUAGAGCGUCUGGGGAGAAUCAACCGGACCAGCAUACUACCACAUAUACGGUGCAACGUUCUUUCCCAGCCUAUCAUGAGUUACAAAGCGCCUGAGCCAGCCGUCUGUGAGUGACAGGUCCUGUGCAUACAUCCAUACAUCUUUCUGUGAUGAAUGCGGCUGAGCAUCUUUGCAGCACCUCACCUUAAGAAAUCCCCGAAUACGGCUGGUUCUCGUCCUACAUCGACGAUUCUUUGUCACCGCAUCGUGGCUGACUGAUGGUCUCUCUGGACAUAUUAUUGGCAUGUCUCUAUAUAUACUUCGUAUCGGAUGUUCCUGGACAACCAACCAGACAAGCCGAUGAGGUAGCUACCGGGCAUCCCGGGGCGGCAGGGUAGAUGCCGAUGCAUGUUGAAGCUGCAGAUGUGGAUAUCCUGCAAUGAACAUCAGCCCUAUGGCCGCCGGGUUAUGUGAGAUGCGGGUUGUUCACUUUCUAGUGGACCAUUUAUUAGCAUUUGUCGCCUAAACAUACCCCGCCGGGGCAUAUCAUCGACCAUCGACAUGUCAAAAACAACCACAACCACAACCACAGAUAUCCCAUCCCGACCCAAGCAACCGCCGUCUUCGUGUCUUCCCGCAACUGCAUCUCCUGAAACAAUACCAAGAAUUCCCAAGGGCUCUAUUCUGGAAACUAUUCUAGGCCUCAUCUCACCUCACCCGCACUGAAAAUCACGGGAUCGGCGAUUGGACCCCAAAACUCAGCUGAACAGCUCUGCCCCGCCAUCCCCCACCAUCACCGCCACCACCACCACAACCCAAGACAUCCAGCGCAUAUACCUCUCCUUACUCGGCCUCAUCACGCCUUCCGCGUACGACCUCACCUUCACCGCCCCCAAUGUCUCUCACCACCAUCGCCAUCGAACACCUGCCCCCGGGUCACGAUGUCCAUAUCGCCCUCUUCCACUCCGUCACCAACGCCGCCUUUCUGCAUGCGCAGCUGCUCGCCGGCAACACCGACUUCGAAUAUGCCCUCAUCGAUGCUAGCGUCGUCGUGUCGAAGGUGCAGAUCCUCGCCGCAGCAUUCAGGGCGAUAAACGAUAAUAUUGAGGGCCGAUUGCGGACGCGGAACGUGCAUUCGGAAAUAGUCUUCUGUCUCAGCCCUAACAACAACAUCGCAGAAUCCUUCCGUCGCUUCGGCGUCUCCCCCACCACCACCUCCCUAAUAGCCAUCAAAAUCACCACCCCCUCCUCCCCCCCAUCCCUAACCCCCGCAUCGAUACAAGAACACCUCACCUCCGCCGUGGAGGGCAAGCAGGCCCCCUUCAGCGACGAGGAGCUCGGCACGGUGACGGACUGGGCGAGGGUGAGGAAGGUGUAUAAACUCCCGCUUGUGGGGCAGCAGGGGAAGAAGAAGGGGAUGGGGGAGGAGGAGAAGAGGGAGGAAGAGGAGAGGGAGAGGAGGGAGUUGGGGGUGCAGGUUUUGGGGGCUAUGGCGUUGAGGGGUGCGUCGUAG